AUGAACCCGCCGAUGUUGAUCCUUUACCCAACGAUGACACUGAUGAACAUGACCAUAACAAUGGCAAAAUCAUGGCAGACGGUGUGGGUGGUCAUAAUAAAAAUACAAAUACAUUUACACAAAUUGGCAUUAAUGUCACAAACGAAAUGGGACAGGUGCGCAUACUAGAUGGUCGUGAUGUUGAGAAUAACAAUGAGGAUCAACAGGAUGAUACCGAACAUCAUGGCAAUUCAAAGGUGAAAAAAUAUUUAAUUUGGUUUAAAAUUGCGAUACUUCUGGUAGUUUGGGGCGUUUUUACGGCGUUUCUAAUGUCAACAAAUGAACAUGUGGACGAAUUGAAAUUGAUUAGUAUACCGAGGAAUGGUACGGAACGAGUAUUCCCCGUCAACUGUGCUGAACUCAAGCGAAUAGGCCUCAGUCUGACGGGUCCAUUUAAACUACAGGAAGCCGAUGCUGUAACAGACACAAAACAACGACCGCCUCCCCUACUCGAGGUGUACGUGGAACGUGCCUAUUUCAAUGAAUCCGGUGAUAGAGCUUACGAUGAAAUUGUUUCGAAAAUUUGGAAAUUAGAUUUAGUAUAUCCCGAAUAUAUGGACUCGACGCGAGAAACUAAGAAGGUUCAUCAAUUUGACAUCAAAAGUAUACAUGAAGAAUAUCAAAAUCUUACCAAUCAAACUGAGUUGACGCUGCACUUUGUCUCGAGUAUUGAAGCUGAACUACCGGUACAAUUGAGCAUAGAUGAAUCGCCGAUUUAUAAGAAGGAGGGUGUUAUCUAUGCGGCCGUAGUGUUGUGCGGUCUAUAUGUUAUGAUUAUUUGGGAAAUUGUUAAUCGUACAUUUGCCGCUAUUAUAGCUUCUACUUUAUCGGUGGGUAUUUUGGCUGCUUUGAAUUCAAGACCCUCUAUGGUUACCAUUAUGGGUUGGAUUGAUGUGGAGACUUUGUUGUUGCUGUUCGGUAUGAUGAUUUUGGUGGCCAUUCUAUCGGAAACAGGUGUCUUUGAUUAUUUGGCGGUGUAUGCCUAUAAAAUCACUAAUGGUCAUGUCUGGCCCUUGAUUAAUUGUCUGUGUUUGUUCACCGCUGUUUUAUCUUCUUUCUUGGAUAACGUCACAACGGUUUUGUUAAUGACUCCCGUUACUAUACGUCUUUGUGAGGUUAUGUCUCUUAAUCCGGUUCCUAUAUUAAUGUGUAUGGUUAUCUACUCGAACAUUGGUGGUGCUCUUACCCCCGUGGGUGAUCCACCAAAUGUUAUUAUUGCCUCAAAUAGUUUUAUAUCCAAAAAUGGUGUUAACUUUGCCAUCUUUACUUUGCACAUGUUGCCCGGUGUUAUUUUAGUAAUGUUCCAAACUUAUUUACAAUUGAGAUUUAAAUUCCGCAACAUAAGCGAUUUACAAUUCAAAGAAUCUCCCGAAAUUGAGGAAUUAAAACAUGAAAUUCAUGUUUGGAAACGGGCUGCUGCCAGUUUAUCAUCUUACUCCAAAGAUGAAGAGUUAGUAAGACAAACUUUGAAUAAGAAAGUAAAUCGUUUGAAGCGUUCUUUGAAGAAGAAAAUAAACACCGCCAUAGAGCCCACCAUUAAUUAUAAACAAACUUUGGAUCAUUUGCAAGCGAAGUAUCCCAUACGCAAUAAGCCUUUGCUUAUUAAGUGUUCUUGUGCCUUGGUUUUUGUGAUAAGUUUAUUCUUUUUGCACUCUGUUCCCGAAUUGCAACGCCUCUCUCUGGGCUGGACUGCUCUUUUGGGUGCCAUAUUUUUAAUAAUUCUAGCCGAUAUUGAAGAUAUGGAAGCCAUAUUGGCUCGUGUGGAAUGGUCAACUCUACUCUUCUUUGCCGCUCUGUUUAUUUUAAUGGAAGCACUUUCAGAGCUAGGUCUUAUAGAAUGGAUUGGUAAUAUGACGGAGAAUAUUAUAUUGGGUGUAAGCGAAGAGUCUCGUUUAAUGGUGGCUGUGUUAAUUAUUUUAUGGGUUUCUGCUAUAGCUUCGGCUUUCGUCGACAAUAUACCUUUGACUACAAUGAUGGUAAAAAUUACCAUUUCUUUAGCUCAAAAUAGUACAUUGAAUUUACCAUUACAGCCUUUGGUAUGGGCAUUAGCUUUUGGAGCUUGUUUGGGAGCCAAUAAAUAA